AUGUCACGCAUUACUAUCUCUGGUGAUCCUACAGUACAUGAAUAUAUAAACAGGAAUGCAGAAACGGAUAAUAUGCAUCCUGCAAUAUUAAGAUCAGAAAUUGAAGCAAGACCUCUGAGACCCAGAACAUAUGUUCCUAAUUCGUUGCCUCUUACCAAUACCGCUGCUCCUCGAGGUUAUACACCAAGCCCUACCCAAAAUGGUGAAAUUCCACAUCAAAAAUUUCCUUCAUCUAAAAUUGAUGUUAUUAAAAAUUGGAGUGUAUCAACAUAUAAAUGUACUAAACAAUUAAUCAAUGAAAAACUGGGAAAAUCAUCUAAAACAGUUGAUAUAGAAUUGGAGACUGAAAUUGAGCAAUUGAGAGAAACACAAAAAAAAUAUGGAAAUAUUUUGAAAUUAGCUAAAAGCAUGGCGACACAAUUUCAAUGUUUUAUUUUAACCCAACAAUCACUUGGGGAAGCAUUUGCUGAAUUGGGCCAAAAAUCACCAGAACUACAACAAGAAUUUGUGCAGAAUUCAGAAACUCAGAAAUGUUUAUCAAAAAAUGGAGAAAGUCUUUUGAAUGCGCUCAAUUUUUUUGUUUCAUCAGUCAACACGUUGUGUAAUAAAACUAUUGAAGAUACAUUAAUUACCAUAAAACAGUAUGAAUGUGCAAGAAUCGAAUAUGAUGCUUAUCGUUCAGAUCUUGAAAUGUUAGCACAAAUGCCAAGAACAGAUUCUAAUACAGUUCGUGUUGGUGAUGCUCAGCAAAAUUAUCAACAGCACAAAGAAGAAUUUGAAAAAUUACGUUCAGAUGUGAUUGUUAAGUUGAAAUUUCUUGAUGAAAAUAGAGUGAAAGUAAUGCAUAAACAACUUUUGAUGUUUCAUAACGCAACAUUGGCAUAUUUUUCAAAUAAUCAUCAAGCACUCGAAACCACCUUAAAGCAAUUCAAUGUGAAACCUAAAUCACCUACUGCUUCUUCAGUAGCUGCAUCGUGGUUAGAAAAAUAA